AUGGCCUUUCGCUUCCUCGACCUCAGCUCGGAGUUGCGCAAUAUGGUGUACCACUUCGCAUCAAUCAACGACGCACACGUUCCAAUCCGACACGAUUCCUCUCUUCAGUCUGGCACCUACGCGGGUCUCACCAGAGUCUGUGUCCAGAUCCGCCAAGAGUACCGCCCGAUCCAACGUCGCAAGGCUGAGAUUUGGCUGAACCUUGCGAAUAUUGGCUAUUAUGCUCAGGCAUUUCUGACGACAGCCGAAGACUCCAUGUCACUCCCUCACAAAAUACGCGUCGAGACAAAAUUCGCGAAUUUCUCAGCUUUCGGCUCUCACUUCAGCAUCUUCUCGGUCCUCAAGCUCAAGGCUACCCACCCUGACCUGGACUGCGAGAUGGUGCCCGGCAUGUCCAAUCGGACUUUGAACGAAGUUCGUGGUCUCAACGCACUUGCUUGCCAUGCGAACGAAAAGUGGCGCGAGGACAUUAGCAACGGGACUAUUGGAGAUGUCCGGAUCAGAUCAAGCGCAUCAUUCGUUGAGACUACAUGUCUUUGUAUCAACUUCACGGGUGCCCACGCCCCCAAGAACUACGAUAGAGCGAUCAGCGCGCCUGAUGCGUGGAGUAGCGCUCGCGGUCUUGACGUUGCGCUAUCACACGGUCAUCAUGUUGCGCUGUACUUCUCUCCCAUGUUCACUUGA